AUGUAUUCUUUACCAAGAUUAACUAGUAAAAGUGUUAAAACAUAAAUUAACACAACUAUUGAUUCUGAAAAUAAGAAUAAAUUUCAUUUUAGUGAAAAUAUCAUGUAUAAAAUAAGCAAAUAAGCAUUACAAAACUAUUUAAAAUCAGGAGUUAUAGAUUAAAGAAUAGUAUAAUUGAAUUUGGUGAAAAUGAGUAGAUUAAAGAAUUCAGAUCUCUCAAUUCUUAAUGAUUUCUAUUCUUAACCUUCAUCAAGUAGGAUCGAAUAAGAAUAAGCUUAAUUAAUAUUAUCAAAAGUAUAAUAAAUUUUGUAAUUAAAAGAUUAAAACUCAUCAAAUUCCUAAGAAUUAGUAUUAAAAUGAAAUGUCAGAAAAUAAAUUAAAUUCAAAUGAAUUGAAUUUUGGCCAAGUUGAAGAAUAAUUGUAUAAUUUUUAAAACUAAUAGAAAAUAAUGUCUAAAAACUAAAAUGAAUGUUUCAAGAAUGUUUAAUGGAACAUAUUUAGUGGAUCCAUCAAUAAGUGAUCUUACUAAAAAAAGCUAAACUACUUAACCAUAUCUUUAGAUGCUCUAAAAAAUGGAGCCAUAGAAAAGAAUUGCAAAAAAAACCAAAUCUUUUAAACGAUAAUCCAGUAUUUUGAAUCCAUUAUAUUGCAAAUAACCAUCUAUCUAAAGCAUGGAAAUAGAAGAUGUUACAGAAUAUAUGUCUUCUAGAUUGAUAGAAUCAAAAGCAAAUAUAGAAUAAUUAGUAGAAAGAUACAAAACAAUAGAUUUGACAUAAGAAUAGAAAACAUUCUUCAAUUUAAUCUAGAAAUGUGAUCUUAAUGGUUUAAUCUAAUUAUUUUAAGAUAAAUCUUUUAAUCAUUCUUUAAUUAAUUCAUCUGAUGAAGUAAUAAUAAUAUCAUUAAUUUAGAAAGGAUUAUAUCCUAUUCACAUUGCUAUCAAAAAGUAAAAUGUAUAAAUGCUUAAAUUGUUACUCAAAUUUGGAGCAAAAUUAAAUGUAACAACAAGAAAUGGAAAAACUGUUAAUGAUUUAAGUUAAAUAUAUGAAAAUUCAGAAAUAUUAAAAAUAUUACAAAGAUAUGAUUAUUUUAAAUGA